UCGGGUCGGUGCGGCAACGUGCGCGCGCACGCGCGGGAGGGGGGAAGACGGAAGCGGAAGUCGGGGGCGCGCCAGCUCGGAGCGAGGGAGCGCCCGUGGCGUCGGGUCCGGGUCCGAGGUGGCCAUGGGGCGAGGCAGCGGUACCUUCGAGCGUCUCCUAGACAAAGCAACCAGCCAGCUUCUGCUGGAGACAGACUGGGAGUCCAUCCUGCAGAUCUGCGAUCUCAUCCGCCAGGGGGACACGCAAGCAAAAUAUGCUGUGAAUUCUAUUAAGAAGAAAGUCAAUGACAAGAACCCACACGUGGCCUUGUAUGCCCUGGAGGUCAUGGAGUCUGUGGUGAAGAACUGUGGCCAGACGGUCCAUGACGAGGUGGCCAACAAACAGACCAUGGAGGAGCUGAAGGACCUGCUGAAGAGACAAGUGGAAGUAAAUGUCCGGAACAAGAUCCUGUACCUGAUCCAGGCCUGGGCUCAUGCUUUCCGGAACGAGCCCAAGUACAAGGUGGUCCAGGACACCUACCAGAUCAUGAAGGUGGAGGGACACGUCUUUCCAGAAUUCAAGGAAAGUGACGCCAUGUUUGCCGCCGAGAGAGCCCCAGACUGGGUGGAUGCCGAGGAAUGCCACCGCUGCAGGGUGCAGUUCGGGGUGGUGACCCGCAAGCACCACUGCCGGGCGUGUGGGCAGAUCUUCUGCGGGAAGUGCUCCUCCAAGUACUCCACCAUCCCCAAGUUCGGCAUCGAGAAGGAGGUUCGUGUGUGUGAGCCCUGCUACGAGCAGCUGAACAAGAAAGCGGAAGGGAAGGCCACCUCCACCAGUGAGCUGCCCCCGGAGUACCUGACCAGCCCCCUGUCUCAGCAGUCCCAGCUGCCCCCCAAGAGGGACGAGACGGCUCUGCAGGAGGAGGAGGAGCUGCAGCUGGCGCUGGCCUUGUCACAGUCCGAGGCUGAGGAGAAGGAGAGGCUGAGACAGAAGUCGACGUACACCGGGUAUCCCAAGGCAGACCCCACGCCCACAGCCUCGUCAGCGCCGCCCGCCAGCAGCCUGUACUCGUCCCCUGUGAACUCGUCAGCACCUCUGGCUGAGGACAUCGACCCCGAGGUAAGGGCCCCAGUGUGUGGCGCUGCCCUCUGGCCGCCUGUGGCCUUGGAAGUGACCCUGCUUGUUGCUGUGCAGCUCGCGAGGUACCUGAACCGCAACUACUGGGAGAAGAAGCAGGAGGAGGCUCGGAAGAGCCCCACGCCGUCUGCGCCUGUGCCCCUGACCGAGCCGGCUGCCCAGCCCUCGGAGGGGCACGCAGCCCCCGCCAGCCUGGUGGAGACGCCCCUUCCGGAGGCCGACUCUCAGCCCGUGGCUCCCCCCGGGGGCCCCUUCAAUGAGCAGCAGUACCAGAACGGGGAGUCGGAGGAGAGCCACGAGCAGUUCCUGAAGGCCCUGCAGAACGCCGUCACCACCUUCGUCAACCGCAUGAAGAGCAACCACAUGCGGGGGCGCAGCAUCACCAACGACUCGGCUGUGCUCUCGCUGUUCCAGUCCAUCAACGGCAUGCACCCGCAGCUGCUGGAGCUGCUCAACCAGCUGGACGAGCGCAGGCUGCACUAUGAGGGUCUGCAGGACAAGCUGGCACAGAUCCGGGACGCCCGGGGGGCACUGAGCGCCCUGCGAGAGGAGCACCGGGAGAAGCUCCGCCGUGCGGCCGAGGAGGCAGAGCGCCAGCGCCAGAUCCAGCUAGCCCAGAAGCUGGAGAUCAUGCGGCAGAAGAAGCAGGAGUACCUGGAGGUGCAGAGGCAGCUGGCCAUCCAGCGCCUGCAGGAGCAGGAGAAGGAGCGGCAGCUGCGGCUGGAGCAGCAGAAGCAGACCGUGCAGAUGCGCGCCCAGAUGCCCGCCUUCCCCCUGCCCUACGCCCAGGCACGAGCCGUCUGUUGCACCCUGCCCAGGGACUGCAGAGCUGAGGACCAACGCUCACCACUGUCUCUCCUUUGUCCCCAGCUCCAAGCCAUGCCUGCAGCCGGGGGUGUACUCUACCAGCCCGCUGGCCCCACCAGCUUCCCCGGCACCUUCAGCCCAGCCGGCUCAGUGGAGGGUUCCCCCAUGCAUGGCGUGUACAUGAGCCAGCCCGCCCCCGCCACUGGCGCCUACCCCAGCAUGCCCGCCACCGCAGCAGAUCCCAGCAUGGUGAGUGCCUACAUGUACCCAGCAGGGGCUGCUGGGGCGCAGGCAGCCCCCCAGGCCCAGGCCGGGCCCACCGCCAGCCCGGCCUACUCAUCCUACCAGCCCACUCCCACACCAGGCUACCAGAACGUGGCCUCCCAGGCCCCACAGAGCCUCCCAGCCAUCUCACAGCCUCCGCAGUCUGGCACCAUGGGCUACAUGGGGAGCCAGUCAGUGUCCAUGGGCUACCAGCCUUACAACAUGCAGAAUCUCAUGACCACCCUCCCGAGCCAGGACGCGUCCCUGCCGCCCCCUCAGCCCUACGUCCCAGGGCAGCAGCCCGUGUAUCAGCAGAUGGCACCGCCCGGCACCACCCCCCAGCAGCAACCCCCUGUGGCCCAGCAGCCGUCGGCGCAGGGACCAGUGGCGCAGAGCAGCGAGGCCCAGCUCAUCUCAUUCGACUGAGCCAGGCUGGGAGCCCACGUCCAGAGUAACACUAGGUUCACCCAAACCGCCUCCGUCUCUAACUAGCCUUCGUUCCCAUCCCCUUCUCUACUGCCCAUAGCGCCUCUUCCCUGCAGGGGGAGGGUGGGCCUCACCCCGAACCUCCUGCCUUUCUGUCCUCAGCCUGUUGCCGUCCCUGAGUAGGUCUCUGACUUCUUUCCCCAGGGCUGGGCCUCGGGGAGGGAAGGUGGGAGAAAAGGACAACCUCCCAGGGGGAGCCCCCAGCCGGUGUGUCAGGGUCUGCCAGGGGUGGCUGGAGUGGGACGCUCUGCCCCAGCGCAGCCCGGGCCCUGGCCCCACUGCCAGCUGCUGUGCCUCGGGCUUUUCCUGACCCCUCCACAGCCAAGCGGGGAGGCCCCAGGCAUCUCUAGCUUCUCUGCUGUCAUCUCCUCCAGCGCCCCAGAACGGAACCGUGAUAAUAAAAAGUAUUUCAAGAAGGAA